AUGGCGGUCCUGACGGAUUACACCUAUGUCUUUGCACUGGGAACAAUCUUUGCUCUCCUCGAGGCAUUCAACAAUGGAGCCAAUGAUGUCGCAAAUGCUUGGGCCACCAGUGUUUCCUCACGUUCCAUUUCGUACCGAUGGGCAAUGAUGGCCUGCCUUGUCUUCGAGAUGCUGGGCGCCUUGACCGUUGGUGCCAGAACCGCCUCGACAAUCAAGAACGGCAUUAUCGACGCCGAUUCGUUCAGAGACAACGCAGGUGUUCAGCUCUUGGCUUUUGCCUGUGCCGCUGCCGGCGCUGGUAUCUGGGUCAUGUACUGCUCCCGUAACUCUAUCACUGUUUCAUCCACGUAUUCCCUUGUAUCAUCUUUGGUUGGUGUCGGCAUUGCUACUGUCGGUGUCAAGGGUGUGCGUUGGGGCUGGUAUGAUGGUAAUGGUAUUGGUGCCAUCUUUGCAGGCUUGCUUAUGGCACCAGUCUGCUCAGCAGCCUUUGGAGCAAUCAUCUUCAUGCUUAUCAAGGUCACUGUACAUAUGCGUACGAAUUGUGUUGCCUGGGCUGUGUGGACCUCACCUUUCUUUUUCCUUAUUGCAGGCACAAUCUGUACUCUCAGUGUCGUGUAUAAGGGAUCCCCUAAGCUCGGACUGGACCAGAAGCCUGCGUGGUUCAUUGCCGCGGUAACCCUCGGUGUUGGUUUUGGCUUGUGCCUGCUUUCGACACUCUUCUUCCUCCCGUUUGUCCACGCCAGGGUGAUGAAAAAGGAUUACACCCUUAGGUGGUGGCAUAUUGUCCAGGGACCACUCCUUUUCAGGCGUGUGCCUCCGCCCGAUGCGUAUGCUGCCCGUAUCCCAAAUUAUGCCGUCGUUCAGCAUCCCAGUUCCGAGUCCGAGUCCGUCCGUGAGCUGAAAGUUCUCAGCCCGGAUCUCCGCAACCCUGAUCGCAUCACCCCAUCCGCUUAUAACCCCGAAGCGGCCGACUAUGACAAGAUGUCAAUUCGCUCUGAAAUUGUUCCCGUCACCCAGCAGCGGUACCGCAAGCUGAUAAAGAAUGCUGAAGAACGUCAUCACGCCAACCUCCGACGAAAGAACAGCCCGUUGGGGUGGGCCAUGCGUGUUCUCCAUGAUAACCCUAUGGGCGCAGGAUCCAUCCACGAGUUCGAGAAUCUCAAGAUUGUACUUAAACGAAUUCCUGCGAUGAUCGUUGUUGGCCUAUUCUACGGAGCCGAGUAUGACAUUCACACGGCUCAGAUCGGAAUUGAAGGUACACCUGACGGACUUCGUAUGUCUCGGGUCUACUCUCAGGCUACCAAGUACCCCAACCAGGUUGAAUACCUCUAUUCUUUUAUUCAAAUUAUUACUGCCUGUACAGCCUCAUUUGCCCACGGCGCUAAUGACGUUGGUAACGCUGUUGGCGUUUGGGCUGGUAUGUAUGCGGCUUGGUCAACUGGUAAGCCAGCAGCUGCGAAGGAGUCAGUCCCUCUAUGGCAGAUUGCUGUCAUUGCAUUGACUCUCUGCUUUGGUUUCAUCACCUACGGUUAUAACAUCAUGAAAGUAAUGGGUAACAAGAUCACAUAUCACUCUCCUUCGCGCGGUUCCUCCAUGGAGAUGGGCGCUGCUAUCACUGUCAUGGUCUUCUCUCAAUAUAAGCUGCCUGUGUCUACUACUAUGUGCAUUACGGGCGCCACUGUUGGUGUUGGUCUUUGUAAUGGCACUCUCAAGGCCGUCAAUUGGAAUCGUGUUGGCCUUGUUAUACUAUCCUGGUUUUUCACUGUUCCCUGUGCUGGCGUUAUUGGAGGUGUUUUGAUGGGUCUUGCCCUUAAUACUCCUCACUUCUAG